CUUAAUUCAAAUUGUCAUAUGAAAGUAUAUGUUUGUAUUCCGUUAAUUAAUUUUUAAAAAAUAAUAAAAAAUCCUAAUUAUAUAAUAUAAUAAAAAAAGGAUUGGCAAAAGCAAAUUACCUACUUCAUCAUAGGGGCUGGCACAUGCCGACGGGCAAAACAAGUCAACAUAUAUAGUAAGGAGUGCCACUCUUUCCUCGCAAUUGUCAGAUAAAACUAAGCCAGCGCAAAUCCAGUCUUCUCAUGGCUUCUGUGAGAGUACUCCAGGAAAUCCGAAUUUUUCCUUCGCCACCACUUCCAGCUCAGCCUCCUCAAGCUCUCUCCUUCCUCGACGCUAUGUGGCUCCAAAACUCACAGCCGGUGGAGAGGCUUUUCUUCUACAACUUUCCUCACCCCACCUCCGACUUCAUUGACCACAACCUCCCCAUCUUAACCAAAUCCCUCUCCCUCACCCUCCGCCACUUCUACCCUUUAGCAGGAUCCAUCCGCACCUCUCCUGAUUCCGACAACCGAUUUGAGAUCGUCUACGAGGAAGGCGACUCUGUCUCCUUCAUCGUCGCUGAAUUCACUGGCGACGACUUCGGCAACAUCUCCGGCCGCCACCCACGAAGCUUUAAGAAUCUCCGUCUUCUUGUCCCGAAACUAGCAAGUUCCUCUUAUGGCUUCAUAUAUUCACCCCUCUCAAUUCAAAUCACGGUUUUUCAGAAUCAAGGACUCUCCAUCGGCUUCACAAUAAACCACGCUGUUUGUGACGGAUACGGAUCGAUGCAAUUCUUGCGGUCGUGGGCUGCUGCCUGCCGCUCGGCUAAACCCACCCUCGAUGACAUCUGCCCUCCUUUCCUCGACCGAUCUGUUAUAAUCGAUACCCAUGGGAUUCGACAGAAAAUUUUUGACGCGACGCGUCAGUUCAAAGAGAUUUUGAAGAAAGAAGGCAGCUUUCCAUUUUCCGAUUCAAAUUUGGUAUCUGCAACUUUCACUCUCAAUAAAAAUCAUAUUUUGCGACUAAAAGAGCACGUGAGAACGAAGCAAGUGGAAGAAGGAAAGCCAUCUUAUCACCUCUCGGCAUUUGUUGUAACUUGUGCUUAUGUAUGGAGAUGCCUCGUGAAAGCACGGGGAUACGAUGGAGACAUCAAGCUGUGUUUAGGAUCUCCUGUGGAUUGGAGAUCAAGGAUGAGGCCGCCGAUUCCAAGCAAUUACUUUGGAAACUGCUUGGGGACUUUUUUAGCGGAGUUGAAGGCGGUCCAGAUGUUAGGCAAGGAUGGGAUUGAGGUGGCAGCCAUGGAGAUAGGGAAGAGCAUAGAUGGGUUGAAGGGGAAGGAUCUUGGUGAGAUAUUAGAAGCGGGGAUUGAUAAGUAUUUGGAAUUGGCGGGGAGAAGACUAUUAUCGAUUGCUGGAUCACCAAAGUUUAG